UCUGCUCAACUGCAUUACUGGGAUCAAGACGCGAUUCAUGGACAACGACGCAUUUUGGUUCGGGAGCCAAUACGCUACAAGGUGUCCGCUAAAGGGAGCCAGCUAUGACCCAAAGUGCACCAAUUUACGGCCGGACACUGCUGACAGUUUUGGAACCCGGUUUUUCCAAAGCAGCGCGAUUGAUUCCCUGGACAGGUACCUCUCUGUGCGGUUCGAAUCUAUCGGAAGAAACUACACCGGAUGCGGUACGACGUUCACCUGGGACGGAAAGGAGAGGGUUAAUAUAGACGUCUACCCACUUUCAGAUGACGUUGAGACGCCGUGGUUUGUUAGAAACACACCCAACAUAACCUGGAGUAGUAACGCUACAGAUUACUACACGCUGAUUGUUUAUGACGCCGGAUACAUGAUCUGUCAUGGCCUUUACGUUAACGUCAGGGGUAAUGAUCUCAGCAGCGGACAGGUUGUUAAAGAGUACCACGGUCCGAAAAGAAGCUUCAUUCUACAGAACCCCUACAUAUUCCUGCUUUUCAAGCAUUCCCAACCGGUGAAUGUGACGGCAGAACUUAAGAACGUAAUUUUAAACCCCAACUGGAGCCAAAAAUGGCCAAUUUACGACUUCGCGCAAAAUCUCAAUAUGGGAGAUCCUGUCGCUGUGAACUGGGUGGUUGUCACGGGUGACGAAUAUGGAGCCGCCAUGUCAGAGAGUUUUGGAUUAUUCUUUUGCCCGGAUUUCUCAACAAAAGCUUUGCAUCGAGUACCCCGCCCAUUCUUCAGCAACUCGACUCAGUUGUCUGUCUGGUUGGACGUUACCAUGACGACUACCAGUCUCAACUACUCAGUCUGCUGUAACAAAUUCACAUUUGGAGCUGGGGCCCGUAAGUUGGACCCUAUAGGGAACCGGAUCUACCACACUGCGGAUGUGAGGAGCGAGGCCAUAGUCACUUACUCCAUAAAGAAGGCCGGUUUCCUUCCAUCGAACUUUACAGGUGAGAUGCACAGCAUCGUGACCAUGGACCCUGAUGUUCCAUCGCCAGCCGUUGGUACCCAGGAACGGCCCCUGUUACACGGCCUCUUCAUCAACAUCAGGGAUGGCAACUUCAGCACUGGGGAGUUGGUUCUCAACUAUUCGGGGCCUGCGCCAUCCGACAACAAGCCCCACUACUACUACUUCAUGCUGUACAGACAUGUCGUCCCAUUGAACGCGACGGCAAUGCCAUCGUACUCAUCUGACCCACGUAACGGAAGGUAUCUGUUUGACAUCAACCGCCUGGUUUCCGAUCACAACAUGACGCUUGUGGGUGCCACUUGGCUGCGCGCGACAACGGACGAUUACGUCACGUACCGCCUCGUUGCUAGGGAACCUGGAAAUGAAGCUUCAUUGUGCGCGAAAUACCCUGGAUAUAGCAAACCGUGCCCUACUUCUGGCAGUACCAAGGCUUUCGUGAUAAACAACGUUCCAAUGCUCGUUGUUGGAUUGUGUAAUAUUAUGUUUAUGGCGUUUUCUGCGUUGCACUGAACACGUGCUAAAGAUGGACACUAAUAACGUCACAAUUCUUAUGAGUUGAAUAAUUUUCUACAUCAAUACAAACCAUUCAUGUAUUAUACUAUAGUAAAGUACAUCUUACUAUUAUAUAUGUUCACUUUUCUUAAUAUGAUAUAUGUAAAUAUGAUAUGUAAAUGAUAUAUGCAAAUAUAAAUGAACUCCAAAAUCAGUUUCAGUAGAAAGUAUAUAUCUUUGUAUGUAAGUCUUAAUAAUAAAACAAUAAAUACAAACAAAAAACGUAUGAGCCUAGAAAACUGUAUUUUAUCUGGUUAUCAUUAAUAACGCUCUACACAUAAUAUUUUAGUUUAUAAUUGUUAUAUGUUAAGUAUAAUUAUGCAUAUUUUUACGAAUGCAUUGUAU